CACCUGCCCACUGGCUAGCAGAGCUGCCAGCUGUGACGGGCAAGUGGGAGUGGGUAAGCUUCCUGGCACACUGAUUGCUCUGGGAGGCCUUGCUUCUUCUUGUCACACUUGCUCUAGGGUGCCCUGCGUGAAACGCCCAGCGUGUGCACCUGCAGCUCCCAUUGACUUCAGCCAGAGAUGCCAGAAGGCCCAUCUGUGAAGAGGUUCCAGUUGCUGACUGCUCCUUUUGUGGGGCAGGUAGUGACCAAGGUGGGAGGAAGCAGCAGGCAGAGAAACCUGAAGGAUCUGAAAGCAAUGAGGCUCCAGGACUCUCAGGUGAGCUAUGCUAAAAGGUUGGUUCUGCACUUCAACAGCAGUGGCUUCCUCGUCUUUUACAACUGCCAGAUCCACUGGUGCACCUCUCCCACUGUGGAACCUGCUUCUGACAUCCUGUCUCCCAAGUUCCACCGGGGGCAGGCCUUGGCAGCCCUUCGCCAGCCGAUGCCCAUCUGCUACACCCUUCUGGACCAGAGAUAUUUCUCCGGUCUGGGGAACAUCAUUAAGAAUGAGAUCUUGUAUUUGGCAAGGAUCCACCCAUUAUCGCAAGGCUCAUUCUUGGCUCUCUCAGAUCUUGAAUCCUUGCUGGAUCAUGCUGUUCAGUUCAGCACAGACUGGCUGCAUAAGAAGCUGGCUGGAAAAGGAUUACACUACCGGAUCUACCUGAAAGAAAAAUGUCCUCUUGGGCAUGAGGUGAUGCAGGGAACUUUUGGGCCCCAAGAUGGGUUUAAGAGGCUUAGCUGGUGGUGUGCUUAGUGCCAGCCUCUAGUACCUCCUGAAGGGAAUGACCCCAAAUCGCUUAAACACUGAGUGAACAAAUAUGCCAGCCUUAAUGUGGAUUAUGAACACGCUCUCCUGUUUUGCAGCACAUUGCCUUCUGGUCUUUUUGUGACAUGCCGUCAGUUGUACUGAGCAGAAAUCACUUGUCCCGGAAGGCAAAAUGUGGAGAGAAAAUAGAGCUUCGUUAAAAAGAGAGGGGAUGUUUUUGUGAUGCUCCCAAGUCCAUAUUGUUCUAUGAAGAGAAAUGACGCAAACAGUAGUAGGUGUAAAUCUCCCCCAGAAGUUAGGAGUUGUAGCCACUGAGAUAUUUGGCACCUUCUGAUUUGCUGAUGUAAAAAGUUUAAUAUGUUCAAUUUUUCUUCUGCCAGUGAAGCAGUAUAAAUAAUGUCAGGGUGAUUGUCUUGUUUGUUUGACUGUUUUGCAAGCCUCCGGCCAAACCAAUUGGCUUGGAAGAGUAAGUCGGGGCGGGCAAACUUUUUGGCCUGAGGACUGCAUCGGGUUUCGCAAAUUGUAUGGAGGGCUGGUUAGGCGAGGCUGUGCCUUC